AUGAUUGAAAGAGAGGUUUUGAUUCAAGUAAAGAUAAAGUCAAAUGUCAGAGGUUCUGUCGCUCAUCAAAUGAGCCCACAAACCAGCAUGAGGGGCCAACAGACACAGAGUGCAAGAGAGUGUCAAGAUGUGUCAACUGCUGUCAACUCUACUCAGCUGAGCAUCAGCACUGCCCUACUGCACUCAGAUACAUGA